GGUGCGGGGGCGGUGAGUGCUGCGAGUCCUCUGGUAGAGGGGCUCCUCGGAGCAGCGGGCCGGACCACUGCAGAUCUCUGUCCCUCUGGCCUCAGGCUUCUGGAUUUCGAGCCUCCUAGAUCUGCCUCCGCUGAAUUACUCUCACCUACUUCUGUUCUCUGCACCAGAAAUCUGAGAUCCAGGAGUAUCAGCAGGCAAAGAUGUCUAAUGAGCCACCCCCUCCUUAUCCAGGAGGUCCUACAGCCCCACUACUGGAGGAAAAAAGUGGAGCCCCACUUACCCCAGGGUCAUCCAGUGUCCUGCUUCUGUGUGGAGCAGAAGCCGAGCCUUCUUCUUUCUGCCCAUCUCUAUCCAGGCCGAACCUCACCAGCUGUGAUGCAGCCUCCACCAGGCAUGCCACUGCCUUCUGCUGACAUUGCCCCUCCACCCUAUGAGCCACCUGGCCAACCAGUGCCUCAGCCUGGCUUUGUGCCCCCCCAUAUGAAUGCAGAUGGCACCUACAUGCCUGCAGGUUUCUACCCUCCUCCAGGGCCUCACCCACCUAUGGGCUAUUAUCCACCAGGACCCUACCCACCAGGGCCCUACCCUGGCCCUGGGGGCCACACGGCCACAGUAUUGGUCCCAUCAGGGGCAGCCACCACGGUGACAGUACUGCAGGGAGAGAUCUUUGAAGGCGCACCAGUGCAGACAGUGUGUCCUCACUGCCAGCAGGCCAUCACCACCAAGAUCUCCUACGAGAUAGGCCUGAUGAACUUUGUGCUGGGUUUCUUCUGCUGCUUCAUGGGGUGUGACCUGGGCUGCUGUUUGAUCCCCUGCCUCAUCAAUGACUUCAAGGAUGUGACGCACACAUGUCCCAGCUGCAAAGCCUACAUCUGCACAUACAAGCGCUUGUGCUAACAGAGCCAGACUUGGACUCCCCUACCUAUUAGUCUGGCCCCCAUGUGCUUUGCUCCCCAUGCUCAGUGGUCACUAUCCCCUCAACUCCCCACUUAGGGUUGGAAGUUCUGCCACUGUACUCUGGAAAUCCUGUCCUCACCUUGCCCUUCCCUGAGCAUCCGACUCUUCCAGCAACAAUUCUGUUGGAUUUAAGGCCAAGGGCCAGUGGGUGGCAUGGGGUGGCACUAAUCUUGUGUGUUGCUUGGACAUUUGCAAUUCAGAAGAUAAGCUAGAGAGGCUCUUACUAGGGCCCUCAUUUCUCCUUUUCUGUAUAAGUAUAAGGUCCAGGCUGGUCCUUACUCUUCCUGGGACCAAAAGCACCCAGAGGCAUUAACAGGUCCCCAGACUAGGGCCUACACUGAGGGUAGAACCUGGAACCACAGUUGUUGCUGACCUGCUGGAAUGAAGUCAGAGUAUCAUCUAAAGUUAAGUAGACCCAAGCAAGACAGGGUCUUAAGGCCUGGGUUUAAGUGGGGCUUCUUGUCUGGGGUACCAAGAUAGGGAAAGAAAGAAAUAAUGACUGCCAGCCCUGGACCUCAGAAUUCUCAGGUAUGGAAACACUCAAGAGCUGCCUGGUAUGAAGCAAAGAGGAUCCUGGGCUAUUUAAAGCUCUGGUAACCGAGAAGAACUUGCCCCUGUUCUUACCUAGCUUCUUUGAGUCAGUCAGUGUGCAGAGCUCCUUUCUGGCCACACCUCUGUGAACCCCUAUAUUUUCUGGGACUGGAAGGAAUGAAUGCCCAUGUCCUGUCUACUUCUGUGUCUGUGCUAUGUGGGGGUGCAACUUCUGCCUGGUGGUUUGUGACAUGGCAGAUCAGAAGUGCCUCCUUGUAGGUUCAUUGGUCUCUGGAAUAAGUGCCAGCCUUUUUGCCAUAGUUGACUUGCUUCCAUAUUGGAGCUCCUCAGUAGGAACAGCUGUGGCACUGGGCUGGGGACCAGGAAGAAGUCACAAGUGGUGGGAGUAUCCUAGGGACAUGAGUCGUGCCCAGGGUAUAAACCCAAACCUGGUCAUUUCUUGAACAGUCUGUGAAUAUGCCUGUGUGGACGCUGUAUCCUGCUGCUGUCCCUCUCCUGGUCUCUCACACUGCAUGGCCUCCUAUCACUGUGAAUUGUGGCCUGGUCGCAGUUUGUAGUUUCAUUAAAUGGCCCUUUCACUCCCCUGCCCUGGGCCUCUGCUGUCUUGCCUGGCUUCCUUCUUUUCUGAGAGACAGGGUGGGACUAUAGGUAGUCUAGUGGCAGGCAGGAGCCCGGGCCUGGGAAACAACACAUUUAAGAACCCAAUUACACCAAACCAGAAUUUAUAUAUAUAGACCUGCCCUGGGGAAACCCAGCUGUUCUGGGCCAGGGCAUUGGUUUCUGCCAUUUGCAUAAUUAGAUGUCCAGGCUGCAGAACCUGAGAACUGGAGCCCCGUCUUAGCUUAGUAACUUCUUAACCUAUAGCUAUUGCUCUUUCGUCCUUAAACAAGACAGCACUACUGGACUAAGACCUGAUAGUCUGAAGAUGACACACUGAAGUCUCGGCACUCAGUUCUUGGUAAAUCAAUCUUCUGAACUGUGAAGGUGGUGGGCUCAGUCUCUUUGAGUUUCCCUGCUGUUCUACCAUUUUUUCACACAAAGACUUUUAUAGGAAUAGAUUCCUACUAAUAAAAAUGUUUAACUUCAUAUUUCUAUUUUAGACCAUGCAUUGUUUAAAUCUAAGUAUGUGCUUUUGAAAUAAGAAACCUCAAAGAUUUUGAGUUAGGAAAAAUCACAGGUCCAAGCAGAUAUUAAGGAUCUUUAUGGUAUUUAGCAUGAAUACAUGGAAAUAGAAGGUGCUAGGAAGUUGGCAAGGAGUGCCAUGAAAGAGGAUGUCCAUUUGUAUGCUGUUUCUGAGGGACUCUAUCCUAUCCCAGGAAGGAGGGAAGUGUGUGGCGUUUGUUUUUAGAGUGUUAUGGCAGGCACACCAGUCAGCUGAGACACAUCAGGCUAAUAGACUUAUUAGGGAGAUCCCGGUUAUGCAGAAUAAGCUCUUUAGACUAUCAAAAGGCCUAGAAAACUGAGCCAUCAUCAGCUGGCAUGACCCUUUCCCACAAACCCUGUGUGUAUGGGCAUCUCACUCCCAGCAUGGCAAUGACCAUUCCAAGCACUGCUAAGAAAGCAAUGUACCCAGGCCUCCUAAAUGGCAAAAUUCCUAGAGCACUGGCUGUUAAUAGAGUGACAGCCUUUAUCUGGUGUAUAUCUGGCUGGCAGAGAAAAUGCUGUUAGGCAGAGGCUCUAGUGUCUGGCUUUUAUUGGUUGCUUGUUUUCUCAAACCCAGCAUUAAAAAAAAGUCACCUGAGGUGGUAGUUUUAGGCAGAGGUGGAGAUGGGGAUAGAACAGGUCACUUGGGGUAGGAUGCAAACAACAUGACAGGUCCUUCACAUGUAGUACCAGGCCAAGAGUCCAGCUACCAAGGCCACACUGGCAGCCAGAAUGAGCUGCAGGCUAGGCUUCCUCAGCACAGCCACGGUUGUCUGGAAGGGGCAGUUGCUGCCUCCUAGUGUACCUGCAUGCAACACAACAUAAGACAUGGCAUCAAUGGAAGGCACUGAUAUACCUGCUCCAGAAAUGUUAGUUCAGGACCCACAACCUACCUUUGUCUGGCUGAGCAGCAUAAAAGGGGCAUUUACGUAUAUCUCCCUUCCCAUCAUGUACCGGGAGCCCAUCCUCCAGGGUUUCUCUUGCUAGCAUGGAGCCAGCCUGGUCCAGUUCACUGAAUAUCUGAGGAACAGAAGUCAUCAGAGGCCAUCCCUAAACUAAGAAGACUCAGAAUUUACACUCUACAGAUGACCCAUGGAGAAGCUAGAGCCCAGAUACACCUGAUGAGGACUGCAAACCAGCUGAACAUCAAACCAGAAAAGUGAACACUAUCCUGCAUGUCUUAGUGAGAGCUCAAGUGACUGCUACUAAGGACUUGAGUGCCCACAGCUAUCCUCUCCCAACACUGAGGUACUAGGGACAGAAAUGGUUUCUGUAAGAUCAGCCCUACCUGAGACUUAUAAAACCUACUUAUUCUACUUCCC